UUCGUGACGUCACAGGGAUUUUCCCAGCCAGAUUUUAUAUGAUGAGUCAUCAAGAAGAAAUGAACAUCAGACCGUAUUCACGCUUCCAUUAGACCGGGGACUUCUGCCUCUUGUUGGACUGAAUUGUCAGGAUUUGUAAACGAUUUCAACCAAGUCAAAAGAGGGCACAACUAAACAAGAGAGGCCCAACUAAAAUACGCCAGUCUUACCAAGAUGGCGGCCCCUGAUCCAAGUCAAAACCAAGACUUGCCACCCCCUGUUCCACCUCCCCCGGUUCCACGAAAUAGAAAUAUACAAAAACCGUCUCUUCCUAGUCGCAGACUUGACACCGAAAAUAUGGCAGAUCUGAGAAGAAGGCUUACCAUAAAUUUCACACCCCAAACUCAAACCCUGCAAACCAUGGGAUACAAAACACAGAUAGAAAGAAUAAAGGGAUUGAAGUCCACAGGAAAAUUACAAAUAGGGUCAAAAACAUACGACUUUGUUUCCGAUGACCUGCAGGAAAUAGAGGAGAUAGGGAGAGGGAAUUAUGGAAUGGUCACCAAAAUGAUUCAUAAAGACAGUGGCACUGUAAUGGCUGUUAAGAGGAUUAGAUCCACAGUGGAUGAGAAGGAACAGAAGGAGUUACUAAUGGAUCUGGAUGUUGUCAUGAGGAGCAAUGAUUGUCCCUACAUUGUAGAGUUUUAUGGAGCACUCUUUAAAGAGGGAGACUGCUGGAUAUGUGUAGAAAUGAUGGACAUUUCUUUAGAUAAAUUUUAUAAAUAUAUUUUUAAUGUGUUACAAACGACGAUACCAGAGGAGAUCCUAGGAAAAAUAACUGUAGCAACUGUCAAAGCUUUAAAUUAUCUUAAAGAAAAUUUAAAAAUAAUUCAUCGAGAUGUAAAACCAUCUAACAUUCUACUAGAUCGCAAAGGGAACAUAAAACUCUGUGAUUUCGGAAUAAGUGGCCAGUUGGUGGACUCUAUCGCCAAAAGUCGAGAUGCAGGAUGUCGUCCCUACAUGGCACCUGAGAGAAUUGAUCCCCGAGCCUCUAGCCGUGGUUACGACAUCCGGUCAGAUGUUUGGAGCCUUGGCAUAACUCUUAUGGAGUUGGCCACAGGGAAGUUUCCCUACCCUAAGUGGAACAGUGUCUUUGACCAGCUAACUCAGGUAGUACAAGGGCCUGCUCCUCAGCUCAAACCCACAGAGGGACAAUUCUCAGAGGAAUUCCUCAACUUCUUAAAUACCUGUUUGACAAAAGAUGAAAAACAAAGGCCAAAAUAUGCCAAACUCCUUGAGCAUCCUUUCAUCAAAAGAUACAGUGAACUAGAAGUAGACAUUGCAAGUUAUGUAGUAAAAAUUCUGGAUCAUGUGCGAGAAACAAACACAAACUUACAAGAGCUCACGUCCUCCAACUCUUGACGAAGCAGGGACAUUGUUAAGGGUUUUCAAUUCAGGGACAUCUUAACAUAAGUACAAACGCUCAAUUGAUCAAGUCACCCGAGCGUGUCUUGACAAAGGGGAGAUUACUCUUGAAAUAACUGAAAACGAAGUGACAAUAAGGAUGUGCGGCGCCAUCUAUGCAGCCAGCUGGUCGGCAGUGAGUUCAUCGUUAUAUACAACAGAUUAAGUGUUUGUCAUGAAUCUGGCCUACUCAAUUCCUGAAUAAAUGGAUCUUCUCAUGUAAACUUUUCUACAUUAUUAAGUAAACUCAUACAUAGUUUAUUUUUCUAUAUUUUUUUUCUUUGAAGAGAUGCCAGCUGAUUGUUUAAGUGGUUGUUGAUCAAUGAAUUGAUUUGGAAAUUGAAGAAUUAUGCUGCCAGUUUUUUUUUUAAUAAAUUUUCUCUAGCUAGUUUACCUACAUGUAACUUGGUGAUAGAGGGCUUUCAUUUUUUUCUGCUUAGCAGAUUUUUGUAUUUGUUUUUCUUUGUGUCAUUUUCCCCACUGAUUUAAUAGACACAAAAAUUGCCUCUUUGUGUUUCUACCUUUCAUAAUCUUAAGCAGGUUCAGUUUCUGAAGUUUAUUCCACAACUUCUAUUUAUAUAUAAAACUUACAAACUUUUAAUCAGGUUUUUGUCAAGGGUAAAACUUUUGUACGCAGGGUUUGUUAGAUAUAAACAGAUAAAAAUCCUAUUUUUGGUUUCUUGAUAUCAGUUUUUUCCCUUCAGAUUUUUUAGGACUAUAUUUAAAGAACUGAUCCAAAUUUUUAUGUAACAAUCUUUCUAUGAUAUUUAAUGGAUAUUUUGAUUUAAUUUUAUAUAUACAUAUAUAUGUAUGCAAUUUUGUCACAUAUAUUUAUAUAAGGAAGGUUGAAGUCGUAAACAUUCUAGAGUGCUCCAUUAAUUUAAGUAUACUGUAAUUAUGAAUUUGUUCUUUCAACUAGUGCUACAUUCACAUGUAUAUUCAUUAUAGCCAGACAGUCCAGACUGAUCUUCUUUUCAAUACCUAUAUUCUAGAAACUGGAUGUAUGAGGUACAUGUAUAUGAAUAUUGAAGAAAACAAUUGUAUGUAGAUACAAUUUACAUGUAGUACACCUGUAUUUGAAUCUUGGGAUAAGUACUUUCAAUUGUAUCAAACUUUGUAUUUUCAAAUUUAACAUUCCAGUAGAGAAAUUUAGACAAUAUUCUAUUUUUCAUCUUAGUUUGACAAUUUAGUGUACAGUUUUUGCUCAAAGAACUUGAGAAAUAUUCAUCCAUCUUGUUUCACAAUGUUACAUUUCCGCAAUAUGAUCAAUUAAUAACACCAAACAAAAAUGAAAAAAAAAUAUAUAUAUUUAAGGGUCUGUAAAAGCUCUAGCAUCAACAUUUAGAAAGAACUUUGUAGAAAAAAAAAUUAAUAAAGUUUGUUGCUUUUAAAAAUAUAUCGUUAAUGUGUCACUGAUUUAUCAAAAGUAUAACCUGCGUUGAUGGCUUCUUAGCUUUUCUGCUUUCUUUUUUCCUUCACCAAUCAUUGUCUCAUUUUGGUGUGCCAUAUUUGUCUUUCUGAUUUCAUUCAAGUAAAUAUAUUUGGGAGUGUUGAAGGAAAUUCAAUAAAUUUGCAGUAAAUGAUCAUUGAUUAAAUUCACUAUUUAAAGAGCCAUUCCAUGAAACAAUGUCAUUUUCAAUCACUUAGGAUGAGAUGCACUUCAGUUAAAUUUCGUGAUUUUCUUUUCUCAUUCCAGUUUUGAGAAGACUGAAUUUUAAAUGGAUGCUUUGUUUUUGACAGUAUCAUAUGUAUCAGUUAAUUUGCAAAAUAUGGAGAGAAAUGUAUGCUGCUGAAUUUUUUAACAGAAUGAAUAUUUAACCUUUAAAGCAGGAAAGCGUUUUUCAUACUGUUCACUAAUGCUUAAUAAGUCAAUAUAUAUGGUAUAUCAUAGUAUACUAUGCACAAAAAAUUAUUUCUGUCUGGUUCAAUGUGAAAAUAUCCUUUUAUAAAAUGUUGAUAGUGUUUGUUAAGAUCUGGUUUAGUAAACGUUUUAACAAUCAUUGUAUAUUCCGAACAUUUUUUUUUUAUUAAACAUUAAUAAAUUUGUAUUUCCUUGUUAAAAAAUAAAAGAUGUUUGUGUGUUAUAUACCUGUAUUAAAUUUUAGAAACAUGAUUACAUUUAUGAUGUACCAAAAUCAAAAAUUAAUCUGUUUAUAGUACAGUUCUCUGAAUAAUUUCUUUAAUGAUCGGGAAAAUUUUUUUUUUUACACUGCUUUAAAAAACUUUUUUCAGUACACUGUUUUUGACUAUAUCUAUACACUGUUUUUCAUAUAUUUUACUUGUAUUAAUUGUUUAAUUUACUUUAUAAAUCAAAGGACAAUGUAAUUAUUUGAAAAUUAAGGCUUUUAUCGUGGUUUUGGGGGGUUGGGGUGGAAUGGGGGAGUUGUUAUAGUAUGAGUUGGAACGUAUACAUGUGCAGUGUUUUUCAAACACAAACUGACUAUGUGUUGUUGCAUUGAUUUUUGUGUUUUCUUCUGUAUGUAAUUCACAAUGAAAGUGUUAUGACAGAGUAACAGGUUUAUGACAAUAAUAUUACUGCAAAUAUAAAAUAUUUAAAAAAAUUCAAA